UCCUUAACGUAGAAUAUAUCUUCGGCCUCUACGGAUGUUCACCCGUUUGUACUUUAUCGGCCCAUCGCAUUGCGGACAAUGUCUAAAAUCUGGGGCCUGUAGCUUUCUCCAAAUCACCACCAUCAGUUUCGGUGUUCAAACAUCUUCGCGUUGCCGUAUGUCCUCUGACUCAGACACAUCCAGUGGCGAAGAGGCUGAGUUCUCACGUGCCGUCAAUAUCCUCGCUGAUGAGCAUGUGAAAAGGAUCGUCGUCCUAACGGGAGCAGGAAUUAGUACAGCUAGUGGAAUUCCGGAUUUCCGGACACCCGGAACUGGGCUUUACGAUAAUCUGUCACAAUACAAAUUACCCUGGCCUGAGGCUGUUUUCGAUUUGGAGUACUUCUACUCCAACCCUGUUCCAUUUUACACUCUCGCCAAAGAGUUAUAUCCAACUGGGCGCUACAGGCCGAACAUUGCACAUCACUUUCUUCGGCUUCUCAAUGACCAGGCCCGUUUAUUACGUGUCUAUACACAGAAUAUUGACAGUCUCGAGCGAAUGGCCGGUAUUCCUUCAGAUAAACUUGUUGAGGCCCAUGGGACUUUCCUCACUGCAACAUGCACCGUGUGUCGAUCGAACGUAUCCUCCAACGUUGUCAAGGACGCAAUCGACGCGAGUACCGUUGCCAAAUGUCCUGAAUGUCACAAUGUUGUCAAACCGGAUAUUGUCUUUUUUGGUGAAAACCUUCCGGAACGAUUUUGGGAAUAUACGAAAGAUAUGGCCCAAACAGACCUUGUAAUUGUGAUGGGUACAUCCCUCGAGGUCUACCCGUUCGCUGGUGUGGCAGACAGCGUUCCCCGAUUUAUACCGCGCAUCUUAAUUAACCGUGAAUCGGUCGGCUCUUUUCGAUAUCGAAAUAGACCUGGAGAUAUUGUACUACUCGGCAGUAUUACAGGGUCAGUUCAACGGCUAAGCGAAUCACUGGGCUGGGCUGAAGACCUGACAGACCUCAUGGGCAAAUGGAGGCCUAAUAUGCAGAACUGUUUGAACCACUCCGACAAGAAAUCUUCUCCGUUCAGUGGGAUUAAUUCACACCGACGGUAUUCUACUGCAAGUGGUUCUUCACCUUUUUGUGGCCUUGAUCGCCUUGCUUCACGCUUACGCACACUGACAAUGUCGCACACAACGCGGUCAGAUGUUAAUGGUACCAUCAAUAAACCGAAUCGUCGCCCCAUUGAGUCUAUCACCCCGACGAAUCGCAAAUGUCCACCCUGGGAUACCUCCAGUAGCGAUAGCUCGAAGACGGACAGAAGCAUGAUCUUAACCAGAGUGUGCCGUCAACCUCUGCGCAAGCCAAGCACUAUGGUUCCACCAACUACUCUGAAGUCUUCAUCUGGAAACACCAUGACUGCCUUGCGACAAUAUCUCUUCCCAGAUUCGUCUGUUUCGACUGAAACGGACUGUUCGGAUUCUAGCGCUGGAUCGGUCUGAGCAGUAUCGCUGACGUCGUAUAAUACUUCCUACUUUUGAACGCUUCAAUUCAGUUAACACCUUCGGUCUGGUUGCUUGUCGUGCACAUUCGCAAUUUCACACCUCGGUCUUUCCUGCUAUUACAUUCGAGAAUACUUUCCAUAUUUUCUGUUUCUUUCUACUUUCAAUGCUCCAAGUAGAUACUCCUUAUUUUGAAUCCGGUCUGUGAAUGCACAUUCACGACUUGACAUCUUUGUUUGCCUCGCUGUGUGUACAAAGCCCAAGUGAGCCUCCGUUUUCUUCAAAUUGUACAGGUUAUGCAAAGCCUGCCAGGCACUGUACUUUCUAAUUCACUGUGGUGCUCAUGUAUAUAGCCCAACAAUGCACCAGCUGAAGCCUCAGUUGGGCGUGCACUUUGUAAAAACUCCUAGCUUGCUACUCAAACGGAGUGCAUUGAUCUUCAGGUAAUGGCAUAAGUUUGUGCAGUGAGUCAAAAGAUAAAAACCCU